AUGGGUAUUCUCUUGACCUCACUAUUGCUGAUUCUAGCUUUCACAAUAUGGUAUCUUUCUGCUCUGCCAAGUAAUUAUCGUGCUGCGAAAAAUUCCGGCUUGCCUAUUAAAUUUGGCUUAUGGGGUUCAGCAAAUCCGUUCUGGCUUAUCAUUUGUGCAACUGUCGGAUAUUCGAAUCUAUCAAAAGUUUUGCCUCAAUUCAUCUUCGAUAGGGUCAAGAUAACGAUCCCCGCAUGGGAACAUUAUUGCAAAUAUUUUGUUCAUGAAAAAUGGGGCAAUUCGUUUAUUCUUGUUACACCUGGGAAAAACACAGUCUUUGUCGGAGACGCUGAAGUAGCUGAGGAGGCCUUAACAAGAAGAAAAGACUUUGCGAAAAAUCAAAUUGCUCUCCGGGUAAUGGAUGUGUGGGGGCCAAACAUAAGUGCAUCAGAAGGAGAAGAUUGGCAAAGACAUCGAAGAAUUGUAGCACCUGCUUUGAAUGAGAGAAUCAUGAAAGAAGUCUGGAAUGAAUCUCUAACACAAACUCAAGAUAUGGUUUCUACAUUGUCAAAGCCAUCUAUGAACAAUGAAUCAAGCUCGACCAACGUCACAUUCGAAGGCUUGAGGACCAUCACCAUCAACGUGAUUACAUUCGUUUGCUUCGGUACUCGUCAAUCUUGGGGGGAAGCUGUGAACGCGAAGACACCCCCGGAAGGAUUUGAAACUACAUUCACAUCGUGUUUACUAACUAUUGUACACAACCUCUUUGCGACGGUAUUCAUACCUACGAAAUACCUAACUUCAAAGUACAUGCCAGCUGCCGUACAGAAGAUGGGUAUUGCCAAAGCCGAGUUUCCCCUCCACCUGAACCAAAGUAUAGCCGAAGAAAGAAGUUCCCCAAGUUCUCGAAAUUCUCUCCUCACUUCCCUGGUGAGAAUUGCCGAUCAGAGUACGGAUUUUUCACGCUCAAAGACGUCGGCAUAUUUAUCAAAUGAAGAUGUUACUGGAAAUUUAUUUGCCAUGACCGUCGGAGGAUUCGAUACUACGGCAAAUACCCUCUCGUAUGCUAUCAUGUGUCUAGCACUCUAUCCAGAAUUGCAAAAUUGGAUCAUCGCCGAGAUCGACGAAGUCGAAAAAUUACAUCCCGACUCCGAGUACUCUACCACCUUUCCCCUUCUUACUCGCUCCCUAGCACUAAUGUACGAAACGCUCCGUCUAUACACGUUAGUCCCUACUAUAUCCCGCAGAACACCACAAGCACAAACCAUCAAAAACAUCAACUUUUCCCCCGAAACAGAAGUCCAGCUCAACACCACCGUAAUUCACACUCUGCCCUCAAUAUGGGGUGCAGAUUCAUUAGAUUACCGGCCCUCGCGCUGGAUCGAAACGUCUCCUUCUUCAAAGAAAGAAACUUUUCGAGAGCCUCCCAAAGGCACAUUUCUUGCUUGGUCCCACGGACCUCGCUAUUGCCCUGGGAUGAAAAUGUCACAAGUAGAAUUUGUCGCCGUGCUGUAUGAAAUAUUCCGGAAGUGGAAUGUGGAGAUUGUGAGAAGAGAUGGGGAGACAGAGGAGGAUGCGAAGAGGAGGUUGAUGGAAAUUUUGGAGGAUAGUUCGCCGAAAUUGACGUUGCAGGUUAAUAGGCCGCAGGAUGUAGUUUUCAAGUAUGUGAGGAGAAAGUAGGUAUCACGAAACAUAUGUCUUUAUUGCAGCCUCAGUUUGUGCAAAGCUUGAUCAAUCCAGAAUCAGAAGAUUGUUACAAAGUAUCAUGCUGAUUUGUGUUGUUCUUUCCUGAAUCACGGGAGCCAGUCAGUAUCUUCCAGAGGCGGCUCUUGCUUUGUCGUUCGAUUUGAACCAACUGGAUACUGUGAGAAUUGUGUUGUUUGGCCGAGAUGAAGCUAAGAUAUUUGCUUAAGGGCAUGAUUUCUGAGACUAAUCGACAACAAACCAGUAGUGUUUAUAUUUUCAGAACUGCACUGAAUAUAUGUAUAGUCCAUAUCUGUGGUCCUAAGCCUGCUCCGACUGAGGUCUCUCAUGGCCCCUCAAAUUACUUGUCAACUGGAUAUGUGCAUGAAUGAGAAGCAUUGCGACUCUUCAUGACUAACUAUCGCAAUACAAAUCCCAGUUCUUCAAGCGAGCAAUCGCGAUCGGUGCACCAGUGGGUGUACGUAUACGGACAUUGCAAAAAAUGGACUUGGUAAUACCUCUUCAUAUCUAUAUAUUUCAAUUCGUAUAUCUUGGGAAUCGUUACAAUGAUUCAUUGGAGAUUGAACAACGAAAAGAUGAGUUCUGAUACCAAGCAAGUAAAUAAUGAAUUUGUUAAAAUUGCGAAAAUUGAGAAGUGUCCCGUCAGUCACCACCCACUGGCGGUGUAGCAGUUUUAGUUCUAGCGUGCGCCGGGAAGUAUUUGCUUUGGUGGUGGUUUCUGUACCCUAGCAAGUGCCAUUUUGGAGAUGAUUUUUGUCGUCUUAUUAGA